CUAUCAUCUUCCCGCCCCUCCCCCUUGCUCCGCUUUACAGAAACGCCGACCAUGGUGUCGCCACACGGGAUCAAACUAGCGGUACAUCUCAUCACCACUUACUUCGGCGACAUCGUUUCUAAAGUAUGCGAAUGUCUUCUACGUAAAGGAACGCUAUCUCUACAGCAAGUGCUACGAUUCACCGAACUCAGUAAACAGAAUGCUACCAACGCUUUACUUGUGUUGAUUCAGCAUAAUUGCGUUCAGGCCUUCAGUAUCGAACAACAAGGUGGAUUUGGGGAAUCAGCAAAGAUGGUGACUCAAUAUAUGGCCUUACAUGACAACAUCAUCCACCAUAUGAGGUUCCCUAAGUUCUUAGAUAUUGUGUCAAAGGAACUUGGACAAGAGUGCAUGGAGAUUUUUGAAGGAUUAGUUCAACAUGGUAGAUUAUCAAUGAAUCAGAUCAUGGAUAGGCAUAAGGGUAUGCAUAAGGCCUUGACAAGUAAUGAAAAUAGCACUGCUGCUGAUGUGUUACAUGAAAACUUCAGUAAACUUGCUCAGGCACGCUAUAUUGAAAGAUGCCCUGCUCAUUCACCAUUUCUUAAAACAGAAAAAGAAGAUGGUGCAAAGAAAAAAACUCCCAAGUCUAAGAUGGCUGAUGCAUCACAGACCUUGGAAGCACGUGCAAUAGCAGAAGCAUCUCUUAUGGAAUCAAUAAGAUUUUUAGUUGAAGCAGAUACAGUUACCAAUGGUGCCCCUAAUGACAAUACCAAAAAAAACACUAAUACAGAAGUUGUUGGGGAAAAGCGCAAGCAACCUGAAACAGGGGCUACAAAUGAAAAUAAAGAAGUUCUUUGGCGCGUUAAUUUUGAGGAAUUUGUACGACGCCUUCGCCACAAGUGUUGUGUUGCCCAUGUGACAACACGUAUGGAUAAUGAAGCUGGCAUUGUUCUAAGUGCAAUUUUUGAUGCAAGUAGAAGAAAUGAAACUAUAGUGAAAAUGGAAAAAACAGUUCCACUUUCCAUGGAUACAAUAUAUGAGGAAGCAAUGAAAAGUGAAAAAGGUCGAAGUUUGACUUUAGAACGUGUUAGAGAUUCACUUGUGCAGUUUGGUUGUGAACUUCCUAUAAUUGGGAUAGAUGAAACAUAUAGCAUUGAUUUGAAGAAAAUCAUUGAUGAGGCUCAAGUUCAGGAGGUUGAAUCGAUUGUGAUGAAAAAAUAUGGCAGGGAGGCUUACAGGAUAUUUAGAUUAUUAUUACAAAGCGAAAGGCUAUGUGAAACUGAUCAGAUAUCGAUCACUACAUUUGUUGAUAAGAAAGAUGCGUUGAAGAUUCUUUUUCAGCUAUGGAAAGAUGAUUUGUUGCAUAUGGAGAGACUUGGAAAUGAAGGUACGAAGAUGGAAAGUUUGUAUUGGAAACUGAAUAAGGUUUCUGUUUGGGAACAAGUUGUAGAUGACAUGUAUCAUGCUGCCCUUAACUUAAAGCUUCGUCUUGAAUAUGAGCUUCAUCAGUCAGAUGUUAUUGGGAAAGGAAAGUCUGCCGGAAAAGAGGAGGUGGCAAAACGCAUGAAGCUUAGAGAGAAAUGGGCAGUUCUAGAUUCUUCUCUCAUGAUCCUUGAUGAUGCUAUUAUGCUAUUUCGUGACUUUUAAACUAUUUUAUUUAUUUAUUUAUUUAUUAUGAUUAUGAUUAUGAUUAUGUUGGUUUCGUACAUUGAAUAAGAAACUUUAAUAUAUACUGUAUGAUUUUUGGUAUUUAGUGGAAGAAUUUUAUCA